CCGAUUGGUCGUCGACUCGGUCAGAGUUCAAAGUUCGCCACGGGGUCGUGUUGAUACUUUUGUUUUCGCCCCCGAUCGGAAGCGCGUUCGAAUUUGCCGGUUCUCCGACGAGCGAUGUGAUGGCCUUCCUGCGGUUGUUCAUGCGGCGUCAGUUGCCCAUGGUCGCGUCACAUUUGUCCCGUGUGGUGGCCAGGCUGCCGAGACCACCCGACGGCGGGUGGCAGGGCACCACGCGGCGGCAACUCACGGAGAAGGGGCCGUGGGGGAAGAACCGGGCACCGGAGCUACCGACGCAGCAGUACCAGCUCACGGAACUCGACAAGGCGGACGCUUUGAUGCUGAGGAAGUCUCACGAAACGGGUUUCCUCUCCUGGUUCCGAAAUGGUCUGCUUGCGACCGGAAUCGGCGUCAUCGCCUUUGUGCAGAGCGAAGUGGGACGAGAGGCAGCGUAUGCCUUCUUCAUCCUGGGCGGCGCCUGCAUCUCCUUUGGCGGUGCCUCCUACAUAGGUAGCCUGCUGACCCUGCGCAGGCUGAUGCUGCUGUCCGUGCCCGCCUUGCUGAUCCACGGGGCGGUGGUGGGCAGCGUGGUCCUCUUCUGGCUGUGCGCCGUAUCCCUCUACAUUGGCCGGCUGGAGGUGGAGAUCAUCCACGAGGACGACGACGACGAGGAGGGCGAAGAGUGCCAGGAGUGCCGCGAUAAGCGAGAGCACAGAAGCUACCGAGGCUCGAGCCGCGACAGGAGGCACCGCAACACCGAUGACGGGGACGGCAAGGGCCCUGACAAGUAGACGGCUGCGCCGUUGCGUGUAUCUUCGCGUUUGAAUGCAGACUCACUACAAGCCAACCUAAAAGUGGGCGUUAAAAGGGCCAAAGCCAACAAUGGACUUCAACAACAUGGCACCUUUUAUUUUUUUUUAUAUACACGAUUUAUCCAACGCAACAUUAUCUCCACUCUCAGGCCACAACAUUAGGUACACUGUGCAGUCAUACCUAAUAGUGUGCUGUUUGCAUGUUUCAGCUCGGGUGUUUUAAAACAAAUCUUUGUAAAUGUGAUUCAACAAGGGCUUGGAGCAACUUUUUUUACAGUGGUUGUAAGCAUUUUAUUUUCAAACAGUCUUAGCACUUUGUUCAGCUCCUGAGUGGCAACUCUUAAUAUAGGCUUGAAUCACAGUUGGCAAAGUAUUACACCUCAAUUGGAGGUUGUAUGCGGCGUCGCGGGUUUAUUUGUAUUUAUUGUUUACUGACCGGUGUACACUUUACUGUCAGUGUACACGUAAGACGGUGGAAUAAAACGUGACACGAGUCAAA